AUGCUCGUGCCUAACAUUCGCGCGCUGUCAUGGUCUCCGACGGGUUCUAUGAUCGCCACGUGCACCGCGGCGCAGAUUCGAAUCUGGAAUCCCGACCGAGCCAAUGUGAAAAGCAGCACCGAGAUCCGCAACGGGCAUAACGCCAGCUUUGCCGGCUCACCAGGCGGAAAUGUCGCGACGGUCGAGAAGGUGGCCUUUUGUCCCACCAUGGAUCACGUGCUGGGAAGUACUGGGGGCGAUGGCGGAGUGAGAUUGUGGGAUGUGCGAGUGCCUGGCGGGGCUGCUGGAGGUGGGAAGGGCACCGCACUCGCCGAUUUCAAGGCCGGUGAGCCGGGACGCGACCCAGCACUCUUCUUCACCUGGCAUCCGAAUGGGCAUGAGAUGCUGGUAGGGACAAAGGAAGAUGUCGUGUACUCCGUGGACGCCCGACGCAUGAGCAGCUUCGACGCAGAACCUAACCCGCAAUGGUCGCUGGAUGGCACGCUCCUCACACCCUUUCCCGACCAAAAGACUUCGACUCACUACUACGGCAUGUCUUUCUCGAACUCGGGCCGCCACGUCUUCGCGACCACUGCGGAAGGCCCGGUCAAGAUUCUGGACUACCCGAGCAUGUCCAUCUUGCACACCCUAUCGGCACAUUCGGGCACCACGUACAGUGUGCAGCAGUCGCCGCGCGGGGACUGGUUGGCGGUGGGGGGGCAGGACAGCUUGAUCACAAUAUGGGACACUUACGACUGGCAUUGCGCUCACAUGCUUGUCGGCCACGGCAGUCCUGUGCGCGAUCUCAGCUUCAGCUUCGAUGGCACUUACCUCAUCACGGGCAGCGGGCAGGAUGCCAGGGAGGGCACGUCGGGGAUGGAGGUCUACCACGUCGACACGGGCGAUGUGGCGCACGUCGUUGACACUGUCAACCCCGUUUCUGUUUCGGCGUGGCAUCCGCUGCGGUACUGGAUUGCGUAUGCAGGCGACGCUGGAGGCUUGAAGAUUGUGGGUGUGGGUAGCAACGUCUAG